UUAGAGUGUCACCCAGCAGCUCAGGGGUCUACCAACAGCUCAGCUCAUGGGAGGCCACUCUUUGAAAACUUUGGUGGUGCGUUUUGAAUGCAGCAUUUUUUCAAGGAGUUAGAUGAGUCUCUCGCCAGGGACAUUCAAGUUUGCACUGUAAAGUCCUUUUUGAAAGAAAGAUCCCUUUUUCUUUAAACAGCUUAUAAAAACUUGAACAGGUUCAUAAAGAAAUCUUGACCAAGUCCUUCCCUAUAAAUACCAGCAUAUUGGCUGGGUCAGCAGCAUGUCACAGACCAAGCGGAAAACCUCCAGUCUCUCGCUGACCAUUGGGUCCUCAUCCAAUGAAGAGUUCAGCAGCAGCAGCAAAGCAUGGCACAGCGAUUCCACUUUAAUACAGCCAUUAUCCACUGAUCCUCAAAGAAUGCAGAAUCCAUCAAAAAUCCAGCCUGGAUCUUCCCCUGAAGCAGCCCCUGUGUUCAUAAAGGACAUCCAGAAUAUUACAGCAAGCAAAGGCCAGCUAGUGGUAUUUGAAUGUCGAAUACGAGCAUCACACACGUUUCAGGUUCGCUGGUACAGAGAACAUAAUCAAAUAAUUGAUUCUGCAGACUUCCGAAUAUUAAGAAAGAAGGCCUCCAUAUCAAUGAUGCCUGAGGAAGUUUGCACCUUGGUAAUUACAGAAGCCUUUCCUGAAGAUUCUGGAAUAUUUAAAUGUGUUGCUGAAAAUGAGUUUGGCACAGUGGCAUCCAGCGCACGCCUUUUUGUUUCCCAAGAGGCUGUUCAACCACCAGGCCAACUAGGCAGUUGCCUGUGGCGCCAUCUUGUUGGGGGCGCCAUUGAGGCAACUCCUGUCUCCUGCGGCCUGUCUCCGCAAGAAAAAGAAGAGACUGAAAGUUUCAAAGCAGCUCCCUUAUGGUCAGAUAUGCCAGCCACUACACUGAAUAUCCACUCUGCACCAGGCAGUCAAUAUAUAUUAAUGGGAAGAGAUAUACAGAACAAACCUGAUACAAUGCCACAAAAGCCCUCUGGCUCAGCAGAGCAAGAAGAACAUGGAAGUUUCUGGUGGCAGGACAACGACAAUGAGAACAAGGAUUUGGACAAUUCAUAUGCAUGGGAUUAUCUUCAUCAAGAGAGCCAGGGGCUGUGUUCCACCCAGGAACUUAGCCAGCAAAAUUUAUCAUCUUACUCUUACCAGCCACCUACUCAAAACCUAUUGCCAUCUUCUAAAGCGCAGGACCAUUGUGAAAGCGUCCCUAUGAGUGUCAGUAACCUCCCAUCUGUGUCCUCUAUGUAUCAACCCAGCAUGUUUAAUUAUGAACGUCCAAAACACUUUAUCCAGUCUCAGAAUACAUAUCAAGGGAAGCCGCAGCCGCCAGGACCAGACACCUCCACUGCGCUCCCCAGCAGGCCAACUAAGCAGUCCUCCAUCCUAAUCCAGCCUUGUAACCCUAACGAGAAGAAGUUCUCUUCCUCUUCAUCGCUGAGUUCGCCAAUCUCACUCUCCUCGCCUUCAUAUAGUGCUUCAUUUCCCGUAACACCCGCCUCCGCGCAGUCUCCUGCUAGCUCAACAUCUGGGCAGAGGAUUUCAUCCAUGCAUAACCAGUCCCCUGCAGCCUUCCUUUGCUCCGUGUUGCCCUCCCACUUUGAGUAUAGUAGCCAAGGUUCACCCUCGGUGGAAUCAAACAGUUAUUCAAAGCCUAUGUAUAAGAAACAAACCAGCAGCCCCAGGCAAGUGCAAAAGACCUCUGACAGAGAGAUACAAGGAACUAAAGACGCCCUCAUUCAAGAUUUGGAAAGGAAACUACGAUGUAAAGAUAACCUUCUCCAUAACGGGAACCAGCGUUUAAGCUACGAGGAGAGAAUGGCUCGCAGGUUACUUGGACCAGAAAAUGCUGCAUCUGUGUUUGAACCUCAGAGUGAAGAAAAUGCACAGGACUCACAACAGCAGAACUUGGAAAGCUCACGCCUGCAAGUUCCAGCAGCCCAAGUAAGGAGCAGGCCAACUUCAAGAGGGGAAAGGAGUGAGCAAGGCUCAAUCCAGGAAAAGUUUUUCCAACCACGUUUUGUGCAAGUGCCUGAAGAUAUAACAGUUGAAGAAGGACGAUUCUGCAGGAUUGAUUUCAAGGUGAGUGGGCUACCAACUCCAGAUGUAGCUUGGUAUUUAAAUGGAAGACUAGUCCACCCAGAUGAAUUUCAUAAAAUGAUUGUUUCUGAAAAAGGCGUCCAUUCAUUCAUUUUUGAAGUCAUCCGAGUCUAUGAUGCAGGAAUGUGGGAAUGUGUGGCUUAUAAUCGUGCUGGAGAAGCUUCCUUCACAGUAAAAUUAGAUGUCAUUGCCCGAGAACAUCGGAAAGCUCCAACUUUCAUCUUUAAACCACAAAGCACAAGAGUCUAUGAGGGGGAUUCAGCCAGGAUUGAGUGCCAAGUGUCUGCUCUCCCCCCACCACAGAUCUACUGGAAAAGAAAUAAUGAAAUGGUACAAUUCAAUACAGAUCGAAUCAGUAUGUUUCAUGAUACCUCUGGAAAAGUUUGCCUGCUGAUCCACAAUGUAAAUAAAAAAGAUGCUGGUUGGUACACAGUGUCUGCAGUCAAUGAGGCGGGAGUGGCAACUUGUCAUGCCAGGUUGGAUGUGGCUACUCACACAUACAAGCCACGUCCAAAUCCAAAGCCGCUGAAGGUUCGACCAACUUUUAGCAAAUACUUAGCACUCAACGGUAAAGGUCUGGAUGUGAAACAAGCUUUCUUGCCUGAUGAAGGAGAGUUUCAGCGUCUGGCUGCACAGUCUGGGCUCUACGAGAGCGAUGAACUGUAAUGAACAUCAAUAAAUGAAAAAUACAUCUCUUGUUCCUGCGACAAACUUAAGACCAGCACAAAGUGGCAAUUAAGUGAUGGUUGCACUUAUUAGCAAACAUGCAUAAUAUAUUUUUAUUUAUAACUUAGCUCUUACUCUCACUUUCUGCUGUUGUGAUUUUACCAAGAUCGAUUUCUAUGAAUGUGUGUGACUGUAGCAGAAGAAAAUAUCAAAGGUUUAUACUUUCUACUUUUAAUGGCCAAGAAACUAGGCCAGUGGAUGAUAAUAAAAGUGCAGAUGGCUUGAACACAGCUAGAUUCAGUCACUGGGUUUUUAUUUGUACUGCUUUUGUUAAUAUUACUCCCUUUGUUAUUACAGUUUUUGCAGGCUGACUACUAAACAUAAAUGUGAGUGUUUUUAAUUAAAGUUUUAUGUCCAGUGCAAAUAAAGUUUUAAAUAUAA